AUGAGAGGAAUCCAAGUCAAGGAAUAUGUUCAGGGUCCUCAAGACCUCAAGGUCACCGAUCUACCGGACCCGACUCCUAAGCCAGAUCAAUAUCUGAUUGCUGUCCACGCCGCUGCUACCAACUUCUUCGACUUGCUCCAGAUCCGUGGAAAAUACCAAACCCAACCUCCUCUACCAUGGGUCUCCGGUGCCGAGUUCUCUGGUGUUAUCCUCAAGGCUCCGCAGUCAUUGCCCGGAGGAAAGAAGCCUACAUUCAAGGAAGGAGAUAAAGUCUUUGGUGCAUCUCAGGGUGCUUACGCUACCAAGGUCUGUGCCACUGAGGCUCAAUUGAGACCAAUGCCCAAAGGAUGGAGCUUCUUCGACAGUGCUGGCUUGAUGGUCACUGCUCCUACCAGCUAUGCCGGUCUGGUGACAAGAGCUGGCAUCAAGAAGGGUGACUGGGUCUUGGUUCAUGCUGCUGCUGGAGGUGUCGGUCUUGCUGCAGUCCAAAUCGCGAAAGCUUUCGGAGCAACCGUGGUUGCCACAGCUGGUACAAAGCACAAGCUCGAUGUCGCCAAGUCGUUCGGCGCAGACCAUCUGAUCGACUACAGACAAAAGGAUUGGCCUAACCAGGUCAAGAAACUGACACCCAAGGGUCGUGGUGUCGACAUUGUUUAUGAUCCCGUUGGUCUGAUCACUGAAAGUAUGAAGUGCACGGCCUGGAACGGACGGCUGUUGGUCAUUGGCUUUGCAGCAGGCGACAUCGAGAAGAUGGCUACCAACAGAAUCUUGUUGAAGAAUGUCAGUGUUGUGGGUCUGUUCUGGGGAGCUUAUGCUACCAACGAGCCAGAGGCGGUCGAGCCAGUUUGGAAGGGUUUGUUUGACUUGAUGGAGAGUGGCAAGUUCCGCGGAACAUGUUAUACAGACAAGGAGUUUGUCGGACUCGAGACUGUCCCCGAGGCUCUGAAAGCACUUGGAGCACGCGACACUUGGGGUAAGGUGGUUGUCAAGGUGCCACAAGAAGGACAGAGCAAGCUGUAA